AUCCCCGCAGUCUGUAGUCGCUCAAGUUGAUGUGAGAGGCGGACGGAUCGGCCCUUCCCCUGCAGCUUCCCCUGACAGUCCGGAGCCGCAACAACCGACCGACAGCAGACAUGCACGCCAAUCCUGCCAGCGCUCGGAUACUCAUCAAAGGAGGGAAAGUAGUGAACGAUGACUGUACCCAGGAGGCUGACGUUUAUAUAGAGAAUGGAAUAAUCCAGCAGAUCGGGAAGGAGCUGAUGAUCCCUGGUGGAGCCAAGGUUAUUGAUGCUACAGGGAAGCUUGUGAUCCCGGGAGGAAUAGACACCAGCACCCACUUCCACCAAACCUUCAUGAAUGCCACCUGCAUGGACGACUUCUACAAUGGGACCAAGGCGGCACUAAUGGGCGGCACCACCAUGAUUAUUGGACAUGUUCUGCCCGACAAGGACGUGUCUCUCCUCGACGCCUAUGAGAAGUGCCGCAGCCUGGCCGACCCCAAGGUUUGCUGUGACUACUCCCUGCACAUGGGGGUCACCUGGUGGAGCCCCAAGGUGAGGGCUGAGAUGGAGACCCUGGUGCGAGAGAAAGGGGUGAAUUCCUUCCAGAUGUUCAUGACCUACAAGGAGCUCUACAUGCUGAGGGACCACGAGCUCUACCAAGUCUUCCGCCACUGCAAAGAUCUGGGGGCCGUGGCUCGUGUCCAUGCGGAGAAUGGGGAUUUGGUGGCAGAGGGGGCUAAGGAGGUGCUGGAACUGGGGAUCACUGGCCCUGAGGGAAUUGAGAUCAGUCGCCCCGAAGAGCUGGAAGCAGAGGCCGUACAUCGAGCAAUAACCAUCGCUAACAGGACUUUCUGCCCAUUAUACCUGGUCAAUGUUUCCAGUAUGUCAGCAGGAGACGUUAUUGCUGCAGCCAAAAUGCAAGGUAAAUCAGUGUACGGAGAGACCACCACAGCCCACUCUACUUUCAAUGGGCUUCAUUACUACCACCAGGAGUGGUCUCACGCCGCCGCCUACGUUACUGUCCCACCACUGCGCCUGGACAGCAACACUCCCAACUACCUCAUGAGCCUGCUGGCCAAUGACUCGCUCAAUGUGGUGUCUUCGGAUCACAGAACCUUCACAAGCAAACAGAAAGCCAUGGGGAAGGAGGACUUCACCAAGAUCCCUCACGGCGUGGGAGGGGUGCAAGACCGGAUGAGUGUUAUUUGGGAGAGAGGAGUGGUCGGGGGAAAGAUGGAUGAGAACCGAUUUGUGGCAAUAACCAGCUCCAAUGCAGCCAAAAUCCACAACAUGUACCCAAGCAAAGGACGUAUUAUUCCAGGUGCUGAUGCCGACAUAGUGGUGUGGGAUCCUGAGGCCACCAGGACUAUCUCUGCCAGCACCCAGGUCCAAGGUGGAGAUGUGAAUCUGUAUGAGAGUAUGAGAUGUCACGGAGUCCCCUUGGUUACCAUUAGCCAUGGCCGUGUAGUCUAUGAGAAUGGAGUGUUCAUGUGUGCUGAAGGAUCUGGCUGUUUCUUCCCCAUGAGGACUUACCCAGAUUUCCUUUACAAGAAGAUGGUGCAGAAGGAGAAGACAUCAAACCAAAAAUGUGUAGACCGCACUCCGUACCAGGGGGAAGUUGCUGUGGUUGUAAAUUCUGGUAAGAAGGAAACAGGCAGUCCAAUGGCAGACACUCCAACACGACCAUCCACUCGUCAUGGGGGCGUGAGGGACCUUCAUGAGUCAGGUUUCAGCCUCUCUGGUGCUCAGAUCGAUGAUCACGUCCCAAAGCGAGCCUCGGCCAGAAUCCUUGCCCCUCCUGGAGGAAGAUCCAGUGGAAUCUGGUAAUCUGAACCAACCUGUUUUCUGUUGCCCCCACUAUAUCACAGGUCUUCUGCGUCCUACUCUCCUGGGAGAGUCCACCACUUCUACACCCGUCUCAAACCCAUCACAUAAACUUAAGUAAGAAAGAAGGGUCCACUUUGCCUCAACACAACGUCUCAUCUCCGAACAUUCCUGCAGAGCCUCGGAAUCCCCCCCCCCCGCUCCUCCAGUUUGGAGUCUGAAGUCACAAGUUAAUUUGCCAUUGGCCGCCUUGAACUCUGCUACUAUAAUGUGUCUGAAGAGCCUGUUUUUGCGAUAGUUGGAUUGGUGUUGAUGUCUUACCCUUUAAUGACAGUAGUAAUAUUAUGAUUAGUUUGGGGUGCACUACUCUUGUUAUUUGUGUAUGUCUGUAAGAAAUAGUUUCACGUGUGAGCGGAUGUUACUUUGUGGUUGUGAAGCCCAACAUGGACACAGGUGGAACCUCUUUCUCUUGAGUAUCCAGAAAUACUCCUGUAAGAUUUGGAAGCUUCAGAUAACAACAUGACCCACCCACACUGCUGCCAUUUAAGUCUCUUGCCACCCUCAGUUUAUGAGCGUAAGGAUUCCACAGUGUUUUAUGGGACAUCCUUUUCUUUUGUGACUCAAACACAGCCUUAUGAGAGUCAGGUAACAGGCAGUGCUGACAAGGAUUUGGGGUAGGGCCAUUUACCCAACCCUCUAGGUGUCAAUCAAAGGCCAUCCCUGACUCCUGGCUUCUAAGGGUUGACCUUUCCUGCCCCCGGUGCUAUGUGCCCAUGUUUUCCCAGCAUGCACAGCAUUGCUAUUAAUGACAUUUUCUAAUUUUAAGGGGGGAACAGCUUUCAACAGUUUCUUGAGGCUUUGGAUGGAGCUUAGACUACCAGGGUGCCCCCAGCUUUAGCCCGAACCUCUCUUGUACUUUGUCCCCAGUAAGUUAUGGCAUUUAUGGAUUGGGUGCAAAUGUCCUAUACCCCCAAGCUGUGGGGCUGCAGCAGUUACUGUAAUGAGUUCAGGUUCCAGAGGGAGAGUUUGACCAUUGACAGGUGCAGUAAAUAUCUACAAUGUUAUUGCAGGGAGAGGGGCAUCACAUUCAGUGCCAGUCAGUAGUAGGUAUGGACUCAAGGAACCCCUGACAUUACUGUGAAGUCCAAGUCUAAGUUAUUGAUAAUCCCAGGGUUCCUUGCAUCCAUGCGCCAGUUGCACAUAAUCCAUCAUAGCAAUCUGGCACGGUGCAUUGGCGCUGCCCACAAAGGAGCAUGUUUGAAUGCAAGUAGCUCUCUGUUGUGUCUCUCUAGUGUUGGGCACUUGUGUUAGUAAACAAACCCUUCUGUAUUUGGCCAGUUUCCAGAUGGAGCAGUAACAUGGAGUAAGGAAGCUCAAGUUUCAGUCCAUAUUGUAGAACUCACUGUUUAAUUGGAUAGGGGGGUUGGCUUUCUCCAUCCCUCACUUACUCCUAUUUCACGGAAAACCAACGGCAACACCCCAAUCAUCAUUAAAUCCCCUGAGUAUUGGAGUCCGACCAGCUUUCUCUCAUCUUUUCUUAGCAAUAACCCCUACCUUGCCCCCGUAUAACUUGAUUUCAUGUUUUGUGGGACCGCCAUGGCUUGGUGACUUUUGUUUCCAUAGAAAUAAACCCAGCAGGGAUGACAUUGGGUUGGGCAAGGGAUUCUCAUUGGCUGGUGGUAUAAAGUUACUUUGACCCACAUUUUUAGAAGCACAAAUGAUUUGCCACCCAUUGUAACCAACCUUCUGAGCAAUGCCAAUGUAGCGCUUAAGGGCUUUGCCCAGUCAUUGGCCAACUCUCUCUCUCAACUUCUUUAUUGGUGUUAAAGAUGUUCCAUUUGGAACUGAAGAAGAAAAAGGAAACAAUUUCCCACAUUGGGCAAGAAACGGCCUCAACAUUGGGGUUGGAACAGAUUGUAGGAUCACCCUAAUUCCUAAUUGUUUAUUAGGGUGGCCAAACAUGGCUCCCGCACAAAGCCAAACAAAAACCUAAUUUUUCAGAGAAACCUGGACAUAUUUCACCCCAAAAUGACUUGCCCCUGACUGAGGGAUCUCCUUAAACCCGGGUGCCCCUCCAACACCAUAAAUAUUGUGUGUCAUUAGUGUCGAAGAACAAAGUGUGUGUGUUGUGUACAAGUUGUGAUAGGAUUGCUGUAAUGAGCUCUCCAUGCCCCUUGUACAGUAAUCGGAUGACUUUUUUUGUAUUUAUUUAUUUAUUUGCGCAUUUGGAUGGGGGCGGGGCACAUAAACAACACGUUGCACUGUUACUUUGUUACUCCUCCCUCUCUCCGUAGUGAUGCUCCCCUCCCCCAUGCUAUGGUGCUAUCACCCAGUUGCACUAACCUCUCUGCCCACUGGUCCAUAUGUUGCUGCAUGUACCAUGCGUCGCUGUCACAAACCCAACAUUCCUCGUGUGGGGCUAGAAAUAAUGGAAUCUGGUACAAUUUGCAUUAAAAUGUUACUACUAUU